ACAAGUAUCUACGAUAAAAAAAGUUGUACUUGGUUUCAAGAUCUUUUUCAAGCUCACUUUCUCGACUCAAAUAAAUAGCACUACUUAUGAGUUGAAACAACUCUCCAACGGUACCUCCUGAUACAACAUCUCACAUUUUAAAGUCGAUUUCUCUCAAAUGGUGCAUCACUUCCUAUAGCUCUGUGCAAAUCUUGCGAGAUAUGCACAGAGCUGGCGAAUGUGAGACACCGUUUGAGAGAAAUUGACUCUUAAAUACGAGGUGUUUUAUCAAGAGGCAGCACUGGAGAGUUGUUUAAUUUGAUAACUGGACGUGCUACUUAUUUAGGCAGAGAAAUAAGCUUCAAAAAUUACUUGACGCCCAGUAUAACUUCUUUUAUUGUAGGUGCCUUUGAUUUUUAUUUUCUCCCGAUAUGUAGAAAAAUUAUAAAAAUUGUUGUGAUCGUUGAUUGUUAGGAAAAAAACUGGAAAAGAUAAUACACACAAGAGAAUAAUUUUAUUCUCCCCUGGAUUUGAGAUCCAACAUCUAAAUGAUGUGCUCGUGUUAAACUAUAAGUAUGUUUACCGUUUUCUUUAUUUAUUUUGUCUUUGUAAAAUAAGGUUAAGGUAUUUGUAUACAGCAUUGCCAGAUUACACUGAGCAUGUUAUUGUUGACGAUGUUGAUUUUGUCUUCUUUUUUAUUUUAUGUUAGUCUUCUUGAAGAGAAUAACUAGCAAGGUAUAGCAUACAAACGUUAAUUUAAAUAGGAUUACAAAAUCAAGGGGUUUGUUAAUGUAAUAUAUAUUUUAGUUAAGAAUAGUGUUUUCAGAGGUGUUCACAAGGCGAGCCUCCGGGCGAAGUGCUGCAAAAAUGCAUAGAGGCGUUGUGGGGGACCGAAAAUCUUCUAAGGUGUAGGCGCUGCUAUUUGGGGUGUUCGCCUAAGCCUGAAUGACUAGUAAGUCCCUAAUUUGAGCCUAAAUACUCAAAUGACUAAUUGCUAACUACUCAGAAGUAAAAGGUAAAAGGAAAACUGAAGAAAAACAUUUUUUAUUUUUAAGCCCUAACUUUUUGUCUGAUUCUUUGUCCAUUUCUCGACCAGCUCAAGCAGGUACUUCUUCUUCCUUCAUUCUCACAAGGUCCUUUCUUGAAUUCUUGUCUUUUCUUUUAACUGUGAAUCUUGUUGUUUUUUAAAGGCAUACCCCAUUUUAGUAUUUGGUUAAAAAUCGAAUUUUGAUAUUGCUCGUUGGUCGAGUUCAUCAGAAACACUCUUUCCAUCUCUGAGGUAGAGCUAAAAUCCGCGUACACUCUAUCCUUCCCAGAUAAUGCUUUGUUGGAUUAUACUGUGAAUCGUGUUGUUUUCUAGGCAUACCUCGUUAAGCUUUUGGGCAUAAAUUUUAAUUUUGAAAUUUAGAAUCAAUCUAAUUUAAUUCUGCUCUAAAGAUUAGUUAAAUUAACUCUCAAAAAAGAAAAACAUAACAGGUAAAACAUUGAAUUACAUGUCCAAAUAUUUUCUCCUACACAUUAACUCUCAAUUAGAUUUUCUCCUGCAAAUUUACUCUCAAAAAAGCAAAACAUGACGGGUAAAAUAUUGAAUUACAUGCCUAAAUAUUUUCUCCUACACAUUAAUUACAUGCCCAAAUAUUUCCUACUAGCUAAAUUUUCCCAAAUAUUUAUCAUUCCAAAUCCCUCAGCUAGAUCCAUUUUUUCCAAGAUGAUGAAACUCAAAAAUUCAAUAACAAAAAUAGUAUACCAAAAAGUCAAGAAUGUAAGCAAAACCGUAUUUUCAUCAUCAUCAAUUUCAAAGGAGAAAGUGGAUUGUUUGGUUAUUGGAGCAGGUAUAGUUGGCAUUACAGUAGCUAAAGAACUUAGUGUAAGGCAUGGUAUUGAUGUUUUGGUUGUGGAUUCUGCAUCAGUAUUUGGUACUGGUACAAGUUCAAGGAAUAGUGAAGUUAUUCAUGCUGGCAUCUAUUAUCCUCCUGGUUCUCUCAAGGCAUCUUUCUGUGUUAGAGGGAAAGAAUUGCUCUACAAAUAUUGCAAAGAUCGUGAAAUUCCACACAAGCAGAUAGGCAAGUUAAUAGUUGCUACUGGAUUAUCGGAGGUUCCAAAGUUGAGUGCUCUCAUGAAUCGAGGAAUUCAAAAUGGGGUUGAGGGUCUGAGAAUGAUGGAAGGGUAUGAAGCUACUACACUGGAGCCUGAAUUGCAUUGCGUUAAAGCUUUAUGGUCUCCUUCCUCGGGAAUAGUGGAUAGCCAUUCCUUGAUGCUAUCAUUGGUGGGCGAAGCUGAAAGUCAUGGGACAACUUUCUCUUACAACACUGCUGUUAUUGGUGGUCGUAUUGAAGGAAAUCAAAUUCAAAUUCAUGUUUCUGGGAGCGAUGCCCUUGCAAACUGGAACGAGAGGACUGAAUUGGACUCUGAACUAAUUCUUAUUCCAAAGCUUGUAGUUAAUUCUGCAGGUCUAAGUGCUCCAGCCAUUGCAAAACGAAUUAAAGGUCUACCCGACAGCAUUAUUCCUGCUUCUAAAUAUGCUCGUGGUUGCUACUUCACACUUUCAAACACUAAAUCCCCUUUCAAGCACUUGAUUUAUCCUAUACCUGAGGUCAGUGGCCUUGGAGUGCAUGUUACCUUGGAUUUGAAUGGCCAAAUCAAGUUUGGUCCUGAUGUCGAAUGGAUUAAAGGAAUUGAUGAUAUUCCAAGCUUCCUCAACAUGUUCGAUUACUCUGUGUGUGAAGACCGUGCAAAUCAAUUCUACCCAGCGAUAAGAAAAUACUACCCUGGUCUGAAGGAUGGAUCUUUGGAGCCAGGUUAUGCAGGCAUCAGACCAAAGCUUUCUGGUCCAGAAGAGGGUCCUACUGAUUUUGUUGUUCAGGGAGAGGAAGUUCAUGGUAUAGCUGGUUUAGUCAACCUGUUUGGGAUUGAAUCACCAGGCCUAACUUCCAGUAUGGCUAUUGCAGAACAUGUUGCUGCUAAACUACUGAAAUAAUAUGAGAUUCUUCUGCUCGCGCUGAAUUGAUAUUUAAUCUUGCGAGAAGUUUCAGAUGUUUUGUUAGAGCUCUUUAGUCAUAGAAAUGUAUUAUCAUUGAAAUUUAACUUUCUUAAGAAGGGAUAUAUUGUACUUUCAAGUGACAUAAGAGUAAGUUUCACAAACAUUUGCACUUGUACACAGCAAUUCCUAGAAGCAAAUGCAUAUAAUUGUGAAGGAAGUUGCCAUUCUCGUA